AAGUUGGCACUAGCAAUGUUUAUGUUUCAGUUCCAAUGCUGUGGUGCAAACACUUACAUUGACUGGGAAAAUAAUAUUUACUUCAAUUGUUCCUCCAUAAGUUAUGAAGCAUGUUCAGUUCCUUACUCAUGUUGUGUGCUACAUGAUAAUGACAGUUCAGUAUUGGACACUUUCUGUGGAUUUGGAGUUUUAAAACAACAGGAACUUGAAGCCAAAGAAACAAUCUACACGACUGGAUGUAUUCAUGCAAUAACUGAGUGGAUUCACCAACAUUUGUUCUUACUUGCUGCACUUGGUAUUGCAAUGGUUGUGCCGCAGAUUGUGGGAAUAUGCAUUUCAAGAAUCUUACUUCUGCAAAUAAAAGACCAACAGUUCUACGCUGACCUUCGAGAAAAAGUUGAAUCAUUGCAACUAAUGCAAGUUCAUACUUAAGUUGCCUAUUUUUCUGUGUUUGGGGUUAAAUGUUUUGGUUAAGUGCCUUCUAGGUUGGUUUUGUGAAGUCAGAACUUCUAGGGCUAUAAGUUAAUUCAUAUAUAGCAAAGUUAGCAUUUCCUAAAUAAUCUUGUUAAAAAAAAAGUCCUGAGUAGGUAGUAGGUUUCAAUUGUCAUAUAAGAAUAGAUUUAGUUAUCAAAUAGACAUCAUAUAUUAUGUGUAAACAAUUAUGUAGUUGCUGUGUAGUUUAUUAGUUUUGCUUGCUUCUUGUGUUUCGCCAACAUUCUGUAAUCUUAUUUGUUCCUUUGCUUGCGAAAAGCACUUUCAUACG